AAUGCGUUAUUUCAGUUUACAUACAUAUGAAUGUAUGCAUGUAUAUAUAUAUAUGUGUACAUAUGUUUAUGUGCUUAUAUAGAAAUGAAUAUACUCUCGUGUAAAUAAAACGAAUUUUAUCAAUCUGUAAGGUUAUCACUGCAAUUGAGUCAUUACAGAGCGUGAGCGAAAAUACAUUCGAAACAGUGGAGAAUAGACUUCGGAGUGCAUGGACCGUUUAAAGUGUGAAAUGUUUUCGUUUAAAUUGAAAUAAAGAAAAUUACGCAUCCAAAAGGGGAGACGAAUCUCAAUAUAAAUUCUCUUAUCAGUCUUUAACCUAUCCAAAAAUACAUAAGUGUUACAAAUUGUGAAAAAAAAGAAAGCAUUCACUUCCACAACACAUCUGGCGUUUCUCUUCGCAUCAUUAAUGUUGCCUUCGUCGUCCAAUGCACGUUGCAGUUCUGAGGAAUCACUCAUUAAUUGGUCAAAUCAAAAUGCUGUGGCCCAUCGUAGUAAAAGUGUACCACGAAUGUAUGGUUGUGUGGAUACCUUAGCGACUGCAUCAUCACUUCCAAAUAAUCCAAACAGUACGAGGAACUUUAGUGCAAACCAAAAUAGUCCACCGAGUAUUGAAUGUAAUGUUGCGGUGACGAGAACGGGUGGUAGAGGAAGCGACGUCUACACAGCGCCGAAUUUACGUCAACAUUUAAGACAAAAUAGUGUCUACGAUACUGGUAAUAAUCAUAAUAAGAAUAACGGCAGCAGCAGCAACAACAACAACAACAAUUGCCAUCAUCAGCAACAUCGUCAUCAUUUUAAACAGCAUCACGGCUGUACAACGAACCGUUAUAGUUCUACUGGUGGUGGUGGUGGUGUUGGUGUUGGUGGUGGUGGGAGUAGCUCUGCAGCCCUUCUUCACUUAUCAACAACGCGUCUCGAUCCCUUCUCACCACCAACAACAACAGUAGGCUCAUCGCUGUUCGGUGAUAGCAUGACGGAGAUUGCUAGAUUUUGUGUGAAAUGGAAAUUUAAUAACUGAUAAUAACUGAUUCUGUGUCGGUGGCUCCAAAACUGUGUUAUACUAAAAUGCAUACGUACAGUGACUCACAGU